UUUUUCUUUUUUUUUUCUUUUUUCGCUGCCUUUUGGUACCAACUGCUAUCACUGGCAAGCACUUGAAGGAUAGAUCGAGGUACAAGGGCUGCUGAAUAUACUUCACGAUCAACAAUGCCACACAACACCAAGCAUUACGACACCCUCGGCGUAUCGCCUACUGCUACCGAAACCGAAAUCAAAAAGGCUUACAGGAAACUAGCCAUCAAGUACCAUCCGGACAAGAAUCCUGAUGCCGGGGACAAGUUCAAAGACAUCAGUCAUGCCUAUGAAAUACUAAGCGAUCCAGAAAAACGAGAGUCGUACGACCGAUAUGGCGACGAAGACCCUUUAGACGUAGCUGGAUGGGGUGCCGCCAUGGACCCAACGGAUGUGUUUGCGCAAUUGUUCGGUGAUGUUGCUGGUUCCUUUGGAAAUCCAAUGAAUAAUAAGCGACCGCGCAAGGGCGAAGAUCUGAUUCACAAGUACAGUCUCUCUCUGGAGGAACUCUACAUUGGGAAGAAGGUCAAAUUCUCGCUGCAAAAGAAUGUCAUCUGUAGACAAUGCCAAGGCAAGGGCGGUAAACCGGGGUCCGUCAAGAGAUGUAGUGCCUGCAAUGGCCUCGGUACCAAAGUCGCCACUCGCCAGAUGGGACCAGGAGUGAUAACGCAGACGCAAAGUACCUGCGCUUCAUGUAACGGUGAUGGCGAGGCUAUACGCGAUAAGGAUCGCUGCAAGCAAUGCAAGGGCGCUAAAGUUGUCAAUGAGAAGAAGGCGAUGGAGAUCUUUAUUGAGAAGGGUAUGCGACACGGCGAAGAGAUCAUUAUACGGGGUGCAGCUGACGAACAACCCAGCAUCGAGUCUGGCGAUGUUGUGCUGGUUCUGCAGCAGAGGCCCCAUCCUGUUUUCGAGCGUCAAGGAUCUGAUUUGUUCUGUAAAGUCAGGAUCAGCCUCGCCGAAGCUCUCUGCGGAUUCUCAAAGAUUCUGCUGACCCAUCUCGACGGCCGCGGCAUUCAUGUUGAACAACCUGCUGGGCAAGUUAUCAAACCAGGAGAUACCAAGCGCAUCACUGGAGAAGGAAUGCCGCAUCGCAAGCAGCCAGUUGACAAGGGUGACCUCUACAUCGCCUUCGAUAUUGAAUUCCCGGAAAGCAACUGGUUGACGCCUGAAAAGUUGAAGGUGUGCUUUUGAUCCCAUGGCUGUUUUUGUCUCUCAAAGCACGACACUGACUUUCUUUAUUAUACGCUUCUUUUUUGCUCUAUACCAAAGCACCUUGAGCCACUGCUACCCGAUCGCGGUGAAGCACCUGCGGUGCCCGAGCUUGUUGACCAUUACGAACUCUCUGAUGCCAGUAUGAAGGACUUUGGCGCUAGGCAAUCCCACGCUGGCAAUGCAUACGACUCAGACAACGAAUCCGAGGUUUAAUACGGCCCGCAAGAAGGAGUACAGUGCGCGCAAUCAUGAAAGUCCUAUAGCUAUUUGCAUGAAUGAUAUACAAUCCCAUGCCUCCGCGAUGAAAUAAAAGCGACUACGUCACAUG